AUGCUGCAUAGAACCUUCUACUCCCUGACUUCAGAGGAGCUGGAGGUCCAGGGAGAGCUUUCCAAUCUCUACUGUGACUACUACCGGCCCCGCUACUUCCUCCUGGAGAACGUGCGGAACUUCGUGUCCUUCAAGCGCUCCAUGGUGCUGAAGCUCACGCUGCGCUGCCUGGUCCGCAUGGGGUACCAGUGCACUUUUGGCGUGCUGCAGGCCGGGCAGUACGGAGUGGCCCAGACGCGGAGGCGGGCCAUCAUCCUGGCUGCAGCGCCCGGGGAGAAGCUCCCCCUCUUCCCAGAGCCCCUGCAUGUGUUUGCACCCCGUGCCUGCCAGCUCAGCGUUGUGGUGGACGACAAGAAGUUCGUCAGCAACAUUACCAGGUUGAGCUCAGGCCCAUACCGGACCAUCACUGUGCGGGACACCAUGUCUGACCUCCCUGAGAUCCGGAACGGGGCCUCGGCUUCUGAGAUCUCGUACAAUGGGGAGCCGCAGUCCUGGUUCCAGCGGCAGCUCCGGGGCUCGCACUACCAGCCCAUCCUCAGGGACCACAUCUGCAAGGACAUGAGCCCCUUGGUGGCUGCCCGCAUGCGACACAUCCCCCUUGCCCCGGGCUCAGACUGGCGCGACCUGCCCAACAUCGAGGUGUCGCUGUCAGAUGGCACACUGGCCAAGAAGCUGCGCUACACCUACCACGACAGGAAGAACGGCCGCAGCAGCUCUGGCGCCCUGCGUGGGGUCUGUUCCUGCGUGGAAGCUGGCAGAGCCUGCGACCCCUCAGCCAGGCAGUUCAACACCCUCAUCCCCUGGUGCCUGCCACACACUGGGAACAGGCACAACCACUGGGCUGGCCUGUAUGGGCGCCUAGAGUGGGAUGGCUUCUUCAGCACCACCGUCACCAACCCCGAGCCCAUGGGCAAGCAGGGCCGCGUGCUCCAUCCUGAGCAGCACCGCGUGGUGAGUGUGCGUGAGUGUGCACGCUCCCAGGGCUUCCCCGACACCUACCGGCUGUUCGGCAACAUCCUGGACCGCCACCGACAGGUGGGUAAUGCUGUGCCACCUCCCCUGGCCAAAGCCAUCGGCUUGGAGAUCAAACUGUGUGUGUUGGCCAAAGCGCAAGAGAGUGCCUCAGCAAACGUAGAGGCAGACACCACCACCAGGGACUAGUUCUGCCUUCCCACCACGUCUCCCUGGUUUCUGGCACCGGAACAUCCACAUGCACUGAUGCUGUUGUCUUUUUAACAUGUUGAAAUCUGUCGUUCAAAUGUGUUGUACAGUGUUUGUGGCCUUGGUUGUCAUGAGGUGUGCUUAUCAACUGACUUUGUGAUCACUGUGCAGUACCUUGUGCAUUCUCGAUUUUAAAGGUUUUUUAUUAUGCAUUAUAUCAGAUCUACCACUGCGUGAGUGGAAAUCAAGACUUUAUGUAGUUUUUAUAUGUUGUAAUAUUUCUUCAAAUAAAUC